AUGGUCGAAUACCAAGUAUGGUUAUUAGCGGCCCGUUCCUUAGUGGAGAUCAAACUGGUCUAUUCUGGUUCUGGCCGAAGUGGGCAUGGGAAACACUUCAGGGCGGCAAUCGAUAAAAUGACCGAAAAUAGCGAACGCACGCAUUCGGUGGCCCAGAAUGCGGCGCGUACUGGUUGUGGAGGGUGGAACAAAUAUUCGUCCGACUUCGUCUUACCACGCAUGUAUGGCUACCUAUCUACCUAUUUUGGCUUUGCGAAUAUCUAUGACAAGCCGACCUGGCCGAGUACGGAUGAUGGUUGCUCACCAUACAGGACUGCCACUACCUCGUGGGAUGCGUCGAGUCGGCCUGCGAUCGGGAAUGACCAGCAAAAAAGGUGA